CCUUUUACCCUCUUGGGGCCGCUUCGCCGAAGGUGGCGCCGAUUUGGGCGGCCGGAGCCUGGGCUCGAAGCGAAGAAACCGGAACAAAGUGAGGGGUAGCCGGCCAGUUGGCCCGGGGGGCCCAGGGAAAGCGGGACUCUUGCCGGGCGAGGCUCCCCUGCGGCCCGGCGCCCCGCGGGCAGCAUGCCCCUGCGGGCAAGGGGAACUGGGCUGAACUGGCCCUCUCGGGGGCUCAGCCUGCACCCUAGAGCCCCCCAGAUGCGCCCCCGCCGGGCCCCCCCGGUUGCGUGAGGACACCUCCUCUGAGGGGCUACUUUCGCCCCUCUCCGGACCGCCUGGGGCCCCGGCUGGCUAGAGGAUGGAUGAGGAGGAGGAUGGAGCGGGCGCCGAGGAGUCGGGACAGCCCCGGAGCUGCUUUCGGUUCAACGACCUGUCCGGGGCCGGGGGUCGGCCGGGGCCGGGGUCGGCGGAGAAGGACCCCGGCAGCGCGGACUCCGAGGCGGAGGGGCUGCCGUACCCGGCGCUGGCCCCGGUCGUUUUUUUCUACUUGAGCCAGGACAGCCGCCCGCGGAGCUGGUGUCUCCGUACGGUCUGUAACCCUUGGUUCGAGCGCAUCAGCAUGUUGGUCAUCCUGCUCAACUGUGUGACCCUGGGCAUGUUCCGGCCAUGUGAAGACAUUGCCUGUGACUCCCAACGAUGCCGGAUUCUGCAGGCCUUUGAUGACUUCAUCUUUGCCUUCUUUGCCGUGGAGAUGGUGGUGAAGAUGGUGGCCUUGGGCAUCUUUGGAAAAAAGUGUUACCUGGGAGACACUUGGAACCGGCUUGACUUUUUCAUCGUCAUUGCAGGGAUGCUGGAGUAUUCACUGGACCUGCAGAACGUCAGCUUCUCAGCUGUCAGGACAGUCCGUGUGCUGCGACCACUCAGGGCCAUUAAUCGGGUGCCCAGCAUGCGCAUCCUCGUCACACUGCUGCUGGACACACUGCCCAUGCUGGGCAAUGUUCUGCUGCUCUGCUUCUUCGUCUUCUUCAUCUUCGGCAUCGUCGGCGUCCAGCUCUGGGCUGGGCUGCUUCGCAACCGAUGCUUCUUGCCCGAGAAUUUCAGUCUCCCCCUGAGCGUGGACCUGGAGCGCUAUUACCAGACAGAAAAUGAGGACGAGAGCCCCUUCAUCUGCUCCCAGCCUCGCGAGAAUGGCAUGCGGUCCUGCCGGAGCGUGCCCACGCUUCGAGGGGAUGGGGGAGGUGGCCCACCCUGUGGGCUGGACUAUGAGGCCUAUAAUAGCUCCAGCAACACCACCUGCGUCAACUGGAACCAGUACUACACCAACUGCUCUGCGGGGGAGCGCAACCCUUUCAAGGGUGCCAUCAACUUUGACAACAUCGGAUAUGCCUGGAUUGCCAUCUUUCAGGUCAUCACGCUGGAGGGCUGGGUGGACAUCAUGUACUUUGUGAUGGAUGCUCAUUCCUUCUACAACUUCAUCUACUUCAUCCUCCUCAUCAUUGUGGGCUCCUUCUUCAUGAUCAACCUGUGCCUGGUGGUGAUUGCAACUCAGUUCUCAGAGACCAAGCAGCGGGAAAGUCAGCUGAUGCGGGAGCAGCGGGUGCGCUUCCUGUCCAAUGCGAGCACCCUAGCCAGCUUCUCAGAACCAGGCAGCUGUUAUGAGGAGCUUCUCAAGUACCUGGUGUACAUCCUCCGCAAAGGCGCCCGCAGGCUGGCCCAGGUCUUCCGAGCAGUGGGCGUGCGUGCUGGGCUCCUGAGCAGUCCAGUGGCCCGUGGGGGCCAGGAACCCCAGCCCAGCAGCAGUUGUUCUCGCUCCCACCGCCGCCCAUCUGUCCACCACCUAGUGCACCAUCACCACCACCAUCACCAUCACUACCACCUGGGCAAUGGGACACUGAGGGUCCCCCGGUCCAGCCCAGAGAUCCAGGACACGGAAGCCAAUGGGUCCCGCCGGCUCAUGUUGCCACCACCCUCCACACCUGUCCUCUCUGGGGGUCCUCCGGCGGGCACAGAGUCUGUGCACAGCUUCUACCAUGCUGACUGCCACCUGGAACCAGUCCGCUGCCAGGCGCCCCCUCCCAGGUCGCCAUCUGAGGCAUCCGGCAGGACUGUAGGCAGUGGAAAGGUGUACCCCACCGUGCAUACCAGCUCUCCACCAGAGCUGCUGAAGGAGAAGGCGCUAGUGGAGGUGGCUUCCGCAUCUGGGCCCCCCACCCUCACAAGCCUCAACAUCCCACCGAGACCCUACAGCUCCAUGCACAAGUUGCUGGAGACACAGAGCACGGGUGCCUGCCAAAGCUCUUGCAAGAUCUCCAGCCCUUGUUUAAAGGCAGACAGCGGAGCCUGCGGCCCAGACAGCUGUCCCUACUGUGCCCGGGUUGGGGCAGGAGACAUGGAGCUCACCGACCAUGAGGUGCCCGACUCAGACAGUGAGGCAGUGUACGAGUUCACUCAGGAUGCCCAGCACGGAGACCUCCGGGAUCCCCACAGCCAGCGGCAGCGGAGCCUAGGGCCAGACACAGAGCCCAGUUCUGUGCUGGCCUUCUGGAGGUUGAUCUGCGACACAUUCCGGAAGAUUGUGGACAGCAAGUACUUUGGCAGGGGAAUCAUGAUUGCUAUCCUGGUCAAUACACUCAGCAUGGGCAUCGAGUACCACGAACAGCCGGAGGAGCUCACCAACGCACUGGAAAUCAGCAACAUCGUAUUUACCAGCCUCUUUGCCCUGGAGAUGCUGCUGAAGCUGCUUGUAUAUGGACCCUUUGGUUACAUCAAGAAUCCCUACAACAUUUUUGAUGGGGUCAUUGUUGUCAUCAGCGUGUGGGAGAUCGUGGGCCAGCAGGGGGGCGGCCUGUCGGUGCUGCGUACCUUCCGCCUAAUGAGGGUACUGAAGUUGGUGCGCUUCCUGCCGGCGCUGCAGCGGCAGCUCGUGGUGCUCAUGAAGACCAUGGACAACGUGGCCACCUUCUGCAUGUUGCUCAUGCUCUUCAUCUUCAUCUUCAGCAUCCUGGGCAUGCAUCUCUUCGGCUGCAAAUUCGCGUCUGAGCGGGAUGGAGACACACUGCCAGACCGGAAGAAUUUUGACUCCCUGCUCUGGGCUAUCGUCACAGUCUUCCAGAUCCUGACUCAGGAAGACUGGAACAAGGUUCUCUACAAUGGGAUGGCCUCCACAUCGUCCUGGGCCGCACUCUACUUUAUUGCCCUCAUGACCUUUGGCAACUAUGUGCUAUUUAACCUGCUCGUGGCCAUUCUGGUGGAGGGCUUCCAGGCAGAGGGAGAUGCCAACAAGUCUGAGUCAGAGCAGGAUUUCUUCUCGCCCAGCCUGGACGGCGAUGGGAAUAGGAAGAAGCGCUUGGCCUUGGUAUCCCUGGGAGAGCACCCCGAGCUACAGAAGAGCCUGUUGCCACCUCUCAUCAUCCACACGGCUGCCACACCCAUGUCGCUGCCAAAGAGCUCCAGCACAGGCCUGGGGGAACCUCUGGGCCCCACCUCCCGCCGCACCAGCAGCUGCUGGUCCGCAGAGCCUGGGGCUGCCCUGGAGAUGAAGUCACCGCCGAGUGUCCGUAGCUCCCCGCACAGUCCUUGGAGUGCAGCAAGCAGCUGGACCAGUAGACGCUCUAGCCGAAACAGCCUUGGACGAGCCCCCAGCCUGAAGCGGAGAAGCCCGAGUGGGGAGCGGCGGUCCCUGUUGUCCGGCAAGGGUCAGGAGAGCCAGGAUGAGGAGGACAGCUCAGAGGAAGAGCGUGCCAGCCCGGCAGCCAGUGACAGUCGCCAUGGGGGCUCCUUGGAACGAGAAGCCAAGGGCUCUUUCGACCUGCCGGAUACCCUGCAGGUGCCUGGGCUGCACCGCACGGCCAGUGGCCGCAGCUCAGUGUCCGAGCACCAGGACUGCAAUGGCAAGUCAGAUUCAGGGCGCCUAGCCCGGGCCCUGCAUCCCGACGGUCCUCCGUUGGAUGGGGAUGAUGCUGAUGACGAGGGAAACCUGAGCAAAGGGCAACGAGUAAGGGCAUGGGUUCGAGCCCGACUCCCCACCUGCUGCCGCGAGCGAGACUCUUGGUCAGCCUACAUCUUCCCUCCACAGUCAAAGUUUCGCUUGAUGUGUCACCGGAUCAUCACCCACAAGAUGUUUGACCACGUGGUUCUCGUCAUUAUCUUCCUCAAUUGCAUCACCAUUGCCAUGGAGCGCCCCAAAAUCGACCCCCACAGUGCUGAGCGCAUCUUCCUGACUCUCUCCAAUUACAUCUUCACCGCCGUCUUUCUGGCUGAAAUGACAGUGAAGGUGGUGGCACUGGGCUGGUGCUUCGGGGAGCAGGCGUACCUUCGUAGCAGCUGGAAUGUUCUGGACGGACUGCUGGUGCUCAUCUCCGUCAUCGACAUCCUCGUGUCCAUGGUCUCCAACAGUGGCACCAAGAUCCUGGGCAUGUUGAGGGUGUUGCGGCUGCUGCGGACCCUGCGCCCGCUCAGGGUAAUCAGCCGGGCACAGGGGCUGAAGCUGGUGGUGGAGACGCUGAUGUCCUCGCUGAAGCCCAUUGGUAACAUCGUGGUCAUCUGUUGUGCCUUCUUCAUCAUUUUUGGAAUCCUAGGGGUGCAGCUCUUCAAAGGGAAGUUCUUCGUGUGCCAGGGCGAGGAUACAAGGAAUAUCACCAAUAAGUCUGACUGUGCUGAGGCAAGUUACCGGUGGGUUCGGCACAAGUACAACUUUGACAACCUUGGCCAGGCCCUGAUGUCACUGUUUGUGUUGGCCUCCAAGGAUGGUUGGGUGGACAUCAUGUAUGAUGGACUAGAUGCCGUGGGCGUGGACCAGCAGCCCAUCAUGAACCACAACCCCUGGAUGCUGUUGUACUUCAUCUCAUUCCUGCUCAUUGUGGCCUUCUUUGUCCUGAACAUGUUCGUGGGUGUGGUGGUGGAAAACUUUCACAAGUGUCGGCAGCACCAAGAGGAGGAGGAGGCCCGGCGGCGGGAGGAGAAGCGGCUUCGGAGACUGGAGAAAAAGAGAAGGAGUAAGGAGAAGCAGAUGGCUGAAGCCCAGUGCAAACCCUACUACUCAGACUACUCCCGCUUCCGACUCCUCGUUCAUCACUUGUGCACCAGCCACUACCUGGAUCUCUUCAUCACAGGUGUCAUUGGGCUGAAUGUGGUCACCAUGGCCAUGGAACACUACCAGCAGCCACAGAUCCUGGACGAGGCUCUGAAGAUCUGCAACUACAUCUUCACCGUCAUCUUCGUCUUGGAAUCAGUUUUCAAACUUGUGGCCUUUGGCUUCCGUCGGUUCUUCCAGGAUAGGUGGAACCAACUGGACCUGGCCAUUGUGCUGCUGUCCAUCAUGGGCAUCACGCUGGAGGAGAUCGAGGUCAACGCCUCACUGCCCAUCAAUCCUACCAUCAUCCGAAUCAUGAGGGUACUACGUAUCGCCCGAGUGCUGAAGCUGCUGAAGAUGGCUGUGGGCAUGCGGGCGCUGCUGGACACGGUGAUGCAGGCUCUGCCCCAGGUGGGGAAUCUGGGACUUCUCUUCAUGUUGUUGUUUUUCAUCUUUGCAGCUCUGGGUGUGGAGCUCUUUGGAGACCUGGAGUGUGACGAGAUGCAUCCCUGUGAGGGCCUGGGCCGGCAUGCCACCUUUCGGAACUUUGGCAUGGCCUUCCUGACCCUCUUCCGAGUCUCCACUGGUGACAACUGGAAUGGCAUUAUGAAGGACACCCUCCGGGACUGUGACCAGGAAUCCACCUGCUACAACACCGUCAUCUCCCCCAUCUACUUCGUGUCCUUCGUGCUGACGGCCCAGUUUGUGCUGGUUAACGUAGUGAUUGCUGUGCUGAUGAAACACCUAGAGGAGAGCAAUAAGGAGGCCAAGGAAGAGGCUGAGAUCGAGGCCGAGCUGGAGCUGGAGAUGAAGACACUCAGCCCGCAGCCCCACUCGCCACUGGGCAGCCCCUUCCUCUGGCCUGGGGUUGAGGGACCCGACAGCCCUGACAGCCCCAAGCCUGGGGCCCCACACCCCAGAGCAACCUCAAGGUUCUCCCUCGAGCACCCCACGGACAGACAGCUGUUUGACACCAUAUCCCUGCUGAUCCAGGGCUCCCUGGACGGGGAGCUGAAGCUGAUGGAUGAGCUGGCGGGCUUGGGGGGCCAGCCCUCUGCCUUCCCUCCCGCCCCCAGCCCGGGCGGCUCCGACCCACAGAUCCCUCUAGCUGAGAUGGAGGCUCUGUCUCUGACGUCAGAGAUUGUGUCUGAACCAUCCUGCUCUCUAGCUCUGACGGAUGACUCUUUGCCUGAUGACACUCACAUAUUCUUACUUAGUGCCCCGGAGAGCAAUAUGGAGCCCCGCCCUGGAGCGGUACCAGUCACCCUGGGACCUGACCUACUGACCGUCCGGAAGUCUGGGGUCAGCCGCACACACUCUCUGCCCAAUGACAGUUACAUGUGCCGGGAUGGGAGCGCUGCUGAGGGGUCCCCGGGACACAGGGCCUGGGUGCUCCCCAAGGCUCAGUCAGGCUCUGUCUUAUCCGUUCACUCCCAGCCAGCAGAUACCAGCUACAUCUUGCAGCUUUCCAAAGGCACACCCCAUCUGCUCCAGCCCCACUGUGCUCCCACCUGGGGCACCAUCCCCAAACUUCCUCCACCUGGCCGCUCCCCAUUGUCUCAGAGGCCACUCAGGCGGCAGGCUGCAAUAAGAACCGAUUCCCUGGAUGUGCAGGGUCUGGGCAGCCGGGAAGACCUGCUGUCAGAAGUGAGGGGGUCCUCCCCACCUCUGACCCAGGCCACCUCUUUCUGGGGCUGGCCAAGCAUCCAGGUGCAGCAGCACGUCCGCAAUCAGAGCAAGAUCUCGAAGCACAUGCCCCUUGCAGCCCUCCACCCAGGCCCAGAGCCCAACCGGGCCAGGGGCCCACCGGAGACCAGCAGCAGCUUAGAACUGGACACGCAGCUGAGCUGGAUUUCAGGGGACCUCUUGACAGUCGGCAGUCAGGAGGAGCCCCCUUCCCCACGGGACCUGAAGAAAUGCUACAGUGUGGAGGCCCAGAGCUGCCGGCACCGGCCCGCAUCUUGGCUGGAUGAACAGAGGAGACACUCCAUUGCGGUCAGUUGCCUGGACAGUGCCUCUCAGCCCCACCUGAGCCCUGGCUCCUCUAGCUUUGGGGCUCAGCCUCUUGGGGGGCCUGGGAGCCGGCCCAAGAAAAAACUCAGUCCACCCAGUAUCUCCAUAGACCCUCCGGAGAGCCAGGGUCCUCGACCCCCACCCAGUCCUGGUGUCUGUCUCCGGCGAAGGGCUCCAUCCAGCGACACCAAGGAUCCCUCAGCCUCGGGCCCCCCUGACAGCAUGGCUGCCUUGCCCUCCCCAAAGAAAGACGUACUGAGUCUCUCUGGUUUAUCAUCUGACCCAACAGACCCGGACCCCUGA